AUGGUUUCCCUGAAGUUUUUCGUUACGGUCGCGGCCCUUAUUGUCUCGUUCGUCUUCGGUUUCGUCAUUCACGAGGAGGAUGACCCCGACCUGAUCCUCGCCGGCCAAAUCGGGACCCAGUUUGGUCUGGUGACCUGGUUCAAAGACAAAAUCUCCAUCACCGCCAACCUCACCUCCACCACCACCGACGAAACCCCCGACCAAGCCCCCCAAACUGAUCCCAAUCCUGCCCCCCUCCGCCCCGGCCCCAAACUCCGCAAACGCUGCGGCUCCAACACGGUAAUUUGCUCCGGCAAACACGGCGCUGACGUGCCCGUGUGUGAGACCCUAGUCCGGGGCGUCUUCCCGGUGCAGUCCCAGAUGAUUCCGGAGGACAAUGACCACCGAUCCAUCUGCCUCGAGCUGCCGGGCUGUGUGUGGCUCGGAGAGCUUGACGGGUUUGGGCCAGCCAAAACUGGCCUUCCCAUCGAGUUCAAACCGGCCAUGAAUAGUAUUCCUGUCCUUCGCCGGGUGCGUUCUGGCCGCACUACGAAUGAGCCAGUCCAAACAGUUGAUAUACACCCUCGAAUUCGACGUUUGGGUAGAUUUUGUGGUUUCAGAAACCGCCUUGUUGGCUAUUAUCUUCGUCGAGGAGUGGCAUACGCUCUGUCCGAGCAAACCACGACGGACAACCGACAAUUCUUAAUGGGUCAUACGAAAGCGUCAUCAUACUGGCUCUAUCACCCCCAGACGUCAUCUCGGACGAGGCUACCAACUCGAUGGCAACGACGAGUUCAACUUUUCGAAGAUGGUCAAGAUAAUAAUGACAACAAGGACGAGGAUAGCCAGCAUGAGGUCGGCCAAGACGUUUUUGUAGCCAUCCGCCGACACAAUGUUACUACCCAGCGAUUAAAGAGGGGGAUCCGCAGGAUCAAGUACCCAGUAACUUCAGCCUACAGAGAUAUCCUGGAGGAACUCAAACAAGCCCAAGGAAACGAGACACACACUGCCAAUGUCCUGAUGAAGUGGUUCAAGAUCUGCCAUGGCAUUGAUGAUUUUGCUCCUGGAGAAGAGUCCUUACCAGGGCAGUACAAGUGCAGGUUCUGCUACCAAGAACUGACAUAA